AUGAUUGUUCAGGGCGAUCAGCAUUCUUUCGUUAUUUUUAUUUAAUCCGUUCCAGCGUCCGGACCUAGCACAUUUCGACCCUUUCACCGGAGCGGCCUCUGACGACAUGAAGCGAACGGGUGUGUGCUGAUCCAGAAGAGAAGAGAGUGCGAGUGAGUUCGGGUUAUUGUUUUCAUUCCUCCGCUUAAGAAACUUCCUCCUCACCAUCCAUCCUCCGAGUGUCGGAAUUCCAAGUGUACUGAGUUUAAUAUCCCCCUCAACACCCAUCCGGAGUAUCCCUUUCUACUGUCUGGAAGGGAGCUUUGGAAAUAUUUCCACAUUUUAAAAACCAGCACAGCGUGAAGCUGGGUGCAUAUCUUAGCCUCGGCAUGGACAGUAACCUUGAAGGAGAUGAUGUGGAGUUUCGCAAGCAUGCCAAGUAUUUUAUACGAUUUCUGCACACACUGCCCGAGCGUCUAGCUUCGCACGAUUCUACCAGAGUCACCAUCGCUUUUUUCGCCGUCAGCGGGUUGGAUGUGUUAAAUUCGCUGGACAUGCUAACCGACACCUUCCAGCAGGACAUUAUCAACUGGAUCUACAAGCUGCAGGUCGUGCCGAAACCGGGCGAACGUGCGUACGGCGGCAUACAGGGGUCCAGCACGUUCGAUGUGAUCGACACGCCGGAAAACUGUGGCCUGCAGCUGUACCGAUGGGGUCAUCUGGCGAUCACGUACACGGGAAUUGCCGUGCUGGUCGCGCUCGGGGAUGAUCUGUCCCGGUUAAACCGGAGAGCCAUUAUCGAGGGUGUGGCAGCGGUACAGCGGGACGAUGGCAGCUUCAGUGCCACGAUCGAGGGAAGCGAGCAGGAUAUGCGGUUUGUGUACUGUGCGGCCGCAAUCUGCGCCAUGCUGAACGAUUGGGGUCGUGUGGAUCGUAAGAAGAUGGCUGACUAUAUCCUUAAGAGUAUCCGGUACGAUUACGGUAUUAGUCAGCACUAUGAGAUGGAAUCGCAUGGUGGCACGACGUUCUGUGCGAUUGCGGCCCUCGAACUUAGCGGACAGCUAAACCUGCUCUCACAGGACACACGGGAAAAGAUCGUCCGUUGGCUUAUCUUCCGUCAGCAGGAUGGUUUCCAGGGCCGUCCAAACAAACCGGUCGAUACGUGUUAUUCGUUCUGGAUCGCGGCCACGCUCAAGAUACUGAACGCGUUUGAGCUGACCAGCUUCAAGGAUAAUCGCGAAUACGUACUCUCGACGCAGGACGCGACGGUGGGUGGAUUUUCCAAGUGGCCCCAAGCAUAUACGGAUCCGUUCCAUUCCUACUUCGGUUUGUGUGGGCUUAGCUUUCUGAACGAACCCGGUCUUCAGGAGGUGAUGCCCAGCCUCAACAUAUCGAUGCGUGCCUACCGACGGUUGCAGGGACUGCAGCGUGACUGGAGUCUGCUAGAGGAAGGGUUUGCGUCCGGCAAUGGGGAGGUGACCGUACAUAUAGAGUAGAAAUGGAAGGCUUCCUCGGGUGGGAAACAUGGACACCUACCCACUAAAAAAGAAAACUUAGCGUGCGCACACACACCUCCACCACUGCCCACUUAAGAAGUGGGAGGAUGAGUUCUUGAUUAGAAUGUUUAUUUAGAUGCAUUUUUAUAAAGGUGGGAAACCAUGGGAAGAAAUAUUUAUUUUCGUUAUCAGAUGGAAUCCACGCUAUUUAAUUAAAAUUUUUACUGCUUUUAGAGAUUGCCACGUGUUAAAAGCCGCGCGCGGGAUUUGCUUUUAUAUCGCUUUAGUUAGGCCGUUUACAGCACACCAUUUCAAAAUUCCUUGCAGUACAAUUUGUCGCUGCUCUUUACUCCAUGUUAAACGCGCCAAAACGCUUAUGCAAACCCCUUUCCCGUACAAGCUGAUUACAAAUAUAUCUCGCGUGAUGGCAUCAUGAUAGCUUCCUUAGUCGUUUGCUUAUCAUGCACUUUCGUUAUCUCGCGUUGUAAAAGGGCGUACAACGACGACGAUAAAGUACGGUGCGGCAUGAUGUGUUUGGAAUGCAAACUCGGUAUCGUCGUUAGCGAGGAUGAAAAGGGACCGGUGGUUUGAUCCAUUUUUCUGUACAUAAUUGUUCGGGAGGGUCCUUGUGCCUUGGGAGGCGCCAAGGGUAAAACAACAAACGGCACAACUAGGUUAAAUAUUCGUCCGAGCAUUCGAAAUGUGUCGAAUGUGUGUAGUAGCAUUAGAAACGGUAAAUCGAAUCAAAUCGUAGCGCUUAAGAGAAGUGUAAAUUAGCGAGACUCGACCAGGUGGGAAAAUAAAGCAAAAAUAUU